CUCUUUAGGUUGAUGUUACAACUCACUCUUUAGGUUGAUGUUACAAUCUUUAAAUUGAGUAAUAAAUGAUUAGUCGGGCUUCAAAGUUCAAACUACAAAUAUUUAUGAAGAAAGUAGCAGCCACAUAUUCUAUAUAUUGGUUGAUUAGGUAAAUGUGUAUCUCAAAACCAAACGUCUAUGGCUAAGGUUAUUGAGCAAUGUCAAGUUGCGCCACCUCCCGGUGGUGCUGCCGAGUUGACACUCCCUCUCACCUAUUUUGAUCUUACGUGGUUAAUUUUCGGCCGCAACAGGCGGAUUUUAUUCUACAAGCUCCCUAUUUCCAAAUUGGAUUUUGUCCAAACUAUUAUACCUCGUCUUAAAGAUUCACUCUCCCUCGCUCUCAAACACUAUACACCCUUAGCUGGAAACCUUGUUUGUCCAAUAGAUUCGAGUAGUCAUCCUGAGUUGCGUUAUAUGCCUGGUGAUUCUGUGUCUGUUACCUUUUCUGAGACUGAUAUGGAUUUCAAUUAUCUCAUUGGUAACCAUCCCCGAAAUGCUAAGGAUUUUUAUCCCUUGAUUCCUCAAUUGGCGGAACCUAAAGAUGCACCCGGGGUAAUACUAGCCCCGUUGUUAGCCAUUAAAGUAACACUUUUUCCGAAUCUUGGCAUAUCCAUCAGUUUCAGUAACCAUCAUGCCGCUUGUGAUGGAAACACCAUAGUAAGAUUCACGAGAGCAUGGGCUUUACUCAACAAAUUCGAUGGGGAUGAACAAUCUAUAGCGAAUGAGUUCAUUCCAUUCUAUGGUAGGUCCGCAAUAAAAGACCCUAAUGAACAAGGGACUACUAUGUGGAAUAUAAUAAAGACAUUUAAGCCGGAGAUGCGUGACAUAGUUAUGAUUCCUGUUGAUAAAGUUCGAGCUACAUUUAUUCUAGGACAUGAUAAAAUCGUGAAGCUCAAGAACUUAGUUUUGUCAAGGCGACCAAGCCUAGAACAUGUGACAUCUUUCACAAUAACAUGUGCUUAUGUAUGGACUUGCUAUGUAAAAUCAAAGGCCACAGUUUGGGAAGAGAAAGACAAGAAUGUACUGGAGUUCUUCAUAUGUGCAGUAGAUUAUAGAGCGCGACUUAAUCCACCACUUCCUCAAUCUUAUUUUGGGAAUUGCAUAAUAGGGUACAAUUCAGAAACAACACAUAUUAACUUAAUUGGUGAGGAAGGCUUUACAAUUGCUGCGGAAUUAAUUGGAAAAACCAUUCAAAAAAGGCUGAAGGAUGAGGAUUGGCUCCACAGUGGUAACUGGUUUAAAAGUUUUGGUACCGUUGACCACAAACGAGCGUUUGGACUUACUGGAUCUCCAAAGUUUGAUUUAUAUGCUACUGAUUUUGGUUGGGGUAAACCAGCCAAGUUAGAGUCCAUUUCUAUUGAAAGUGGAGAAGGUGGUGCAAUGUCCCUCAGCAAGUCUAGGGACUCAGAUGGAGACUUAGAGAUUGGCUUGUCUUUGUCGAAAGCUCAAAUGAAUGCAUUUGCUUCUUUAUUCAGUCAUGGACUAAGCUUUGUGUAGUAACCUAAGCUUGUUUGGAUGGUUGUUACCUAUUGUAUUGUGUUGUUAGUUAUUUUGUAGUUCUUUCUUUAGCUCUUAGUAUAAGAGUGUAACAUCUUUGUGGAUGCUACAUGUUAGUUAUUUAUCCACUUGUUCCAAGCUGUGAUUUAGUCCAGCUCAUUUAGCCAGCCCAAUGCAUUUUGUCCAUCAUAAACA